UAUACGUCACGCGAUGCACUACGAGCGUGACGUUGACACAUAUUGACACAUAUUUUCUAUUCUCCGGCUGUCUGCAUUUUCUAUUUAAUUGAUAAAAACAGAUUGAAAUAUUUUUCAAUUUUUAAAAGGGUUUGUGAGACAAUAAUUUUCUUCUGUAUCUUUGUUCAUCUGUUGAGCUAUCAAGAUUGCUAACAAAAUGCGACGUUCUCAUUCAGGAGGUUAUGGCUAUGAGUCAUUACCAAGUACAUCUCGCAAUACUAUGGAAGACGAGAAUGAAAGGAUGACUGAAGAACUGAAGGAUAAAAUUCAUGCUUUAAAAUCAUUAUCUAUUGACAUUGGCACAGAAGUCAAAUACCAAGAUAAAAUGCUAAAAGGCAUGGAUGACGAUUUUGAUAGAACAAGUGGUUCCUUAUCUGGUUCUGUAGCACGUGUUUUGCGUUUAGCAAAGGCAGGCCACAAUUAUUAUAUUUUAUAUUUAUUUGUUUUUUCUAUAGCAGUAUUUUUUGUAUUGUGGAUAAUUUUGAAAUUUAAAUGAUGGUACAUAAAGAAUGUAUAUCAAUUGCACACGAGUCGAUUGCACAGAAACCAAUUACUGCACUAGAAAAAAAAACCAUGCAGAAAUCGCUGUGAUUGACAGUGAGCAAUUGUUACAGUGUGCAAGUGAAUCACUCCCAUACAUAAGAUCUAUAACUAUAAGAGAGAGUGAUAUGUAUAUAAAACAUAAUUAGGAUAAAAGUAGUUAAUUUGAUUAAGUUAUUCAACUAUCUUGAAUUUUUUGCAUUAUUUCAUCAUGUAAGAAAUUUUACUUAUUUUAUAAAAUAACGUAUACACAUUGUUAUAUCACUUGUAAAAAAAUAAUUUGAAAAAACAACGAGACAUACUCUUGGAAAAGAGAAAUAUUUUUUUGUACGGAUAUGUUGUGUGUUAUGCUUAUGAAAAGAAUAGAAAGAAUGUAAAUGAUAAGAUCAAAAA